AUGGCCGGCACAGUACCUGAUAGCUCAGCGCCACGCGACGAGCAAACAAAGUACAAGAGAGUAUAUGCGCAGCCCGAGAACCCGUUCAGUGGGCUCAUACCCGAUCAAUCCUUCGCCGUUAUCCCCCAAGUCGAUCUCGAAUCCGGUGGCGUGUUACACAAUGUACCCGUCGCAUACAAGACUUACGGCACACUUGCGCCCAGCGGUGACAAUGCCAUGGUCAUAUGUCACGCCCUUACUGGGAGCGCAGACGUGGGAGACUGGUGGGGACCGCUUUUGGGUGGCUCUGGCAAGGCGUUUGACAUCUCCAGAUUCUUCGUCGUGUGUAUGAAUAGUCUUGGAAGUCCGUACGGCAGUGCGAGUCCAGUCACGGCCAAAGAUGGCGAUGCCUCUUUGGGUUUGUACGGGCCCGAGUUCCCAUUGACAACCGUCAGAGACGAUGUCAACAUUUUCAAGCUUGUCCUAGAUGAUCUUGGGGUAAAACAGAUCGCAGCUGUCAUUGGCGGCUCCAUGGGGGGCAUGCUCGUCCUCGAGUUUGCUUAUUUCGGAAGGGACUACGUCAAGUGUAUCAUUCCCAUUGCUACUUCAGCCCGUUACAGCGCGUGGGGAAUCAGCUGGGGCGAGGCACAGCGUCAGAGCAUAUACAGUGAUCCGAAGUACGACGACGGUUAUUACACAUUCGAAGACCCGCCGUCGACAGGCCUCGGGGCGGCGCGCAUGUCAGCUCUUCUAACCUAUCGGAGCCGCGACUCAUUCGAAUCUCGAUUUGGUCGCAAUACCCCGGAUCUGUCCAAAAAACAAAGCAUCAACGCGGUUCCUCGACCUUCCAUGGUAUCAAAUUCUUCCCAUGAGCAUUGGGCAAUUCAUAAUGAUGGUCACAAGCAUGCAGGCUCACCCCGAGCAACAUCCAGGUCGAAUAGCAGUGCUACACUGGCAAGCCUUGGUACGUCAGCUGCAGCAGCUCAGGCCGAUCUCGAGUUCCAUGAUGCCUCGAAUCCUUCAACACCUCCUCCUCACACCCAGACCAAAGCAGAUGGGACCAGCAAAAUCACGCCUUCAGCAAAGCGACUAGCGCCUCAUUAUUUCUCUGCGCAAUCGUAUCUACGCUACCAGGGGGAAAAAUUCAUCAAACGCUUCGAUGCCAACUGUUACAUUGCGAUUACACGCAAGCUAGACACGCAUGAUAUCUCGCGGCAUCGCUAUCCUGAGGGUCAAGAUUUAGAGUCCUUGGACCCGGUGUCUGCACUCCAUCAUGCACUCUCCCUCAUUGAGCAACCCACACUCGUGUUGGGCAUUCAAUCUGAUGGGCUGUUCACGUUUGCAGAGCAGCAAGAGCUUGCAGCUCAUAUACCUAAUGCAACAUUGAAAACAAUUGACUCACCGGAUGGUCACGAUGCUUUCCUGCUCGAGUUUGAACAAGUCAACAGACACCUGACUACGUUUCUGAAGGAGGUCCUACCUGACAUCACGAACAGAAGUCCUGUCUCUGACACUGUCACGUCGGAAUCUAGCUUAACAGCCACCAAAACCAGCACCUUCGGCGAGGCCGAAGUCGACGACAUCACGGCUUGGUGA